AUGGAUCUCAAAUUCAGUUAUGAGAUGAACGCAUCAUACAAUACAGAAGAUGUGAUGGGUAUCGUUGUUCAUGCAUUACCACUCAGAGAUGUUUCCUCAGGUUCAAACAUUAAAGAUCUUAUCAUCGUGAAUGCAGAGAGCAGACCUAUGAUUUUAACGUUGUGGAAUGAUUUUGCAAAAGAAGAAGAUCAACAAUUAGCGAGUACGAGACCUACUAGUAAAGUUGUUGUUGCAAUGAGAGUGAGAGUAACAACUUUUAAUUUGUUGUCAGUGACAACGACUAAUGCAACCACCAUAAUGAUUAAUCCUCCCAUGGCAGAAGCUGUUACUCUAAAGCAAUGGUACAUUGACCACAAAGAAGAAGUUAAUCACCAACUGGAAUUAAAGGUCUAUCAAGACCCUGAGUUUCUCUUGCCACCGCCAAAUGAAUCAGAGAUUAUCUCAGUGAACUCAGCCUUAAACAAUUUACAAACAACAUCUUACUGGUUCACAACUUGCCAAAAUUGCAAAAAAGGUCUUCGCGCUCAAGUUGGUUGGAUAGUGAAAUGCACUCAAUGCAAAGCAAAAGGGCAAGUGGAACCUAGGUGUAGAUUUACACUGGGCAUUGAAGAUAACACUGGCCAUAUACAAGCUGUGAUUAGUGGUCUGGAAGCCGAACAAUUGCUUCCAAUGACAGCAACACAUGUGAGCUUGAAGAAAAGCCAGGACAGGGAUGAGUCAAAUUAUGUUGUUGUGGUUGUGUAUGUUAAUGAGGAUAACAUUGAACCUAUAAUGCUUGUGGAAGAAACAAACACUUAUGUUGACCCCCACAUUCUUGGAAAACAGCCAACAGCUGAAAAGUCGGAGGACAAGUUAGAAGACCGCCUAGAAUCCCGACUAGCAAUGCUAGAAUAG